AUGGGCCGUCUGGGCAGAGUGCACAGGGGAGAGAGAGUGUGUGUAUGUAAGUACACGGGACAGGUAGAAGAGGGUAGAGAAGGGGGUAGAGAAGAGGGUAGAGAAGAGGGUAGAGAAGAGGGUAGAGAAGAGGGUAGAGAAGAGGGUAGAGAAGAGGGCAGAGAAGAGGAUAGGGAAGAGGGUAGGGAAGAGGGUAGGGAAGAGGGUAGGGAAGAGGGUAGGGAAGAGGGUAGGGAAGAGGGUAGUAGGGAAGAGGGUAGGGAAGAGGGUAGUGAAGAGGGAAGGGAAGAGAGCAGUGAGUCGGCUGACUGGUCGCCGGCAACCAGGCGAAGGGGCCGUUCGCACAACAGCUGGCCUGGGUCCUUUGAACGAUUUUGCCCUCUAUUCCUCUUGAAUUGA